AGCUCAUGAACCCCGAAACAGGGACAGGUAUGGAGAAUAGAUCCCCCCCCCCCCUGCUCCGGGUAUGGAGAAUAGAUUCCCCCCCCCUGCUCCGGGAGAUCAUGAAAUAGAUGAUACGAGGGUAAGAGAACUACUGCGGUUAUGCUAUGAGGAAGGCAUUCUCCCCAGGGAUAUUGACCCUGGAGAGAUGACGAUACAAGGUAGAAAUGUCAGAUUUAAGGUUAAGGACUCAAUUGAUAGACUUAAGGUGCAGUGGCUAAAGGAGCCGACGGUCACAGUGAUCUUCAGAGAUGCAGCUCGAUUUCUCCCACGAAAUGUGAAGGAAGACCUCAUCAGAGCCUAUGAGGACAAGAGAGUUCAGGGGGGGGAAUUCGGCGAAGGAUUCACCAGAGGGAGAGUCAAACUGGAGAGCCUCAACGUCGCCUCGUAUGUGGCAAAGAGCACGACGAUAUUUGCUUGGCUGAUAGAUAAAAGGAGUGCAGAGGUGGAAUUGGGCGGCGACACAUACAAGCUGGAGUUUAAGCCGUGGCACACCAACGCUCAACUGAGGGAACAACGAAGACUGGAGGAACUGACGACCUUUUGGGUCAUUGCUGUUCAAGUACCUCUCCAUGCCAUGUUUUACCUGGAGUCUCACAUACGAAGAGCAAUCGGUCCAGUCACGAUGACUCAUCCUCCAGAGCAAGACAGGCUGAAACCAGCCUUAGUCAACAUCAAGUUUGACCUCGACCCAGAGGCCAGGCCAAACAUGAAGGACUCGAUUACAGUCGACACUUUCGAAGGAGAUGAAUUAGUAAUGAAUGUAGAAGAGGAGGACGACAACAGCAAGGCAACGCCGGAGGGCAAGGAGGCAGAGGCGAAGUGGCACAAGAGGUCUCCUCCCGACAAGUUUAUCAAGGUACACUGGGAAGAGGAGGCGCCAGCGGCCAACCAGCGGCUUCGUCGGUGGGGGGAGCUGGCAACCACGUUCAGGAUUAUGAACUAUGCUAGCAUCUACCAGAAUCCGGCAUUCCUGGCUCAAACACAAGCCAUGCAAUCCAAUGUAUUCUUGGCCCAGCUGUUUCAAGAGAUGGCGUUAGCGCAAUCCGGAGGGGUAUUCCCGAUGGGGCAACCACCAGGAGCCAUGCCGCCGAUGGCUCAGCCAAGCUUUGUAGGAGGUUUUCAGCCCUACCAAGGAUUUCGUCCAACAUGCCUUUUUCCAGGGGGAAAGCAAGGGAACCCGCAGGAGGACACCAGGGGAGGACCAAGUACCAGCCAUACUCCUUCGGGAGUGGACCGUUCUGGUUCGAUGCAGCCUGGAGGGAGAAUUCGAGGGAGCACUCCGGGGAAACAUAGACGAGUGGACAGCGAAGGACAUGAUGUGCAAAGAGAAGGCUCAACGACUUCCAUUCCAGGAUCGGAGGAAUCCGGCGAUCGAGUCACGGUGAUUGGCAACCCCGGAAUGAAGACUACGAGGAGUCGCACACCAACAGCACUGAGCCGAGGGCAACUGGAGAGUGUUGAGAGCAGAAUUCUGCCGAUAAUGUGCAUUGCGGCUAAGGAGACGUUUUCAGUGAUAGCUUGGGGUAGCGCAGAUGGAGCUGCASAGCUAUAUACCGCAGCUUCCCCGGAGCAGCCGAUGCCUACUGCGGUAGCGAAUAUUAUCCAGGCAGCCGUGAGGGGAAAGUUUUACGUCCGAAUGAUCCCGGACGUACCAAUGGCUAGGUUYAUUUUGGACCUGGAGAACGGGAAGAAGAUGAAGUUUUUUGCUCCAAUCUUYGAYGCUCGGAUGGAGAUGGCGCAGCUGUCCAAAUUAGAAMAAGAAGGUAYGAGGCUCCUUCCSUUGGGCUGGUUCGCAGAAGGUAAAAGACAAGAACUCAGAAGAAUCAGGGUUCCGCCGUUCCGAACUGGGGAAUUCCUGGCAGAAUUAAACGGCAAGCUGACGAGGGACGAGAAAUUGAACUCCACGUAUAUCAAAGACUUCCUCAUGGCACCAUGGGAGCAGCAACCUUCAUCGACCGGGAUAGCUCACCCCAUCCAACACGGAAGCGGGAGACAGAGCUCAAAUGGGUAGACUUCGCAUGGCCACAUGGAAUCUACGAGGCCUGGUUGAUGCAUCAGGUAAGUUCAAGAAGGCUAGGUUAAAGUCUUGGAUUCACGAG